AUGUCCGAAUAUGCAUCCAGUAUUCAUACUCAAAUGAAACAGUUCGACACCAAAUACUCUGGUAACAGAAUUUUACAGCAAUUAGAAAAUAAGACUAAUUUGCCAAAAUCCUAUUUAGUUGCUGGUUUGGGCUUUGGUUACCUUCUUUUGAUUUUUAUCAAUGUUGGAGGUGUUGGUGAAAUUCUUUCCAACUUCGCUGGAUUUGUGUUGCCAGCAUAUCUAUCAUUGGUUGCUUUAAAGACUCCAAGUGCCACCGAUGACACACAACUUUUGACAUAUUGGAUUGUUUUCUCGUUCUUAAGUGUCAUCGAAUUCUGGUCUAAAGCCAUUUUAUAUUUGAUUCCAUUCUACUGGUUCUUAAAAACCGUCUUCUUAAUUUAUAUCGCUUUACCUCAAACUGGUGGCGCCAGAAUGAUCUACCAAAAGAUUGUGGCACCAUUGACUGACAGAUACAUCUUGAGGGACGUUAGUAAGACAGAAAAAGACGAGAUCAGAGCUUCUGUUAACGAAGCUUCGAAGGCUACCGGCGCUUCUGUCCAUUAA